AAAGCGACUGUCUCAAUGCACGUAUUUGAUAGCCAUCGACCCCGCGCCCGCUUCCGCCUUGUCCGCUAUCUCACGAGUCCACCAUGCCGGCAGUGACAUGAGCGCGGUCCCUAAUGCAGUUGGUACCUUGGGCCGUUCGUGCGCCAUUUAUGGUAGCUCGAUGCGAUGCUGUACUGCGGUUGGUGACGGUUGAACGCGUCGACGUCAUUAGAGCGCGGAUGAGAAGAGGGGUUCUGUGAUAACACCCGUAGAAACAGACGCUGGACCCACGACGCUACGGCCAUAGCACGGUAAUACGACAUGGAUCAGCGCUUUGGGCGGAUGAAACAUCGCGAGAAAUUAUGAGAUUACCUUUCAAACAAGACACUCACGAUGCCGGCCAGCAAACAUCCUGUAAAAAUCAACGUUGAUCUGGGCGAAGGGUACGGCAACUUCAAGUGCGGUCCAGAUGAAGAGCUGAUCCCAUUGAUUGACUACGCCAAUGUGGCGUGCGGCUUCCACGCUGGCGACCCUUUAAUCAUGCAACAAACUGUGCGUGAGUGCAAGAAGAACUCAAUCGCAGUCGGAGCACAUCCUGGCCUGCCUGACAUCCAAGGAUUUGGCAGAAGGGAAAUAAAGAUGUCGCCCGAAGAGCUAACGGCGAUGACGCGAUAUCAAGUGGGUGCGCUCAAGGCUUUCCUGGACGCCGAGGGCAUGCCAUUGAAUCACGUCAAGCCGCAUGGAGUGCUCUAUGGCAUGAUGUAUAGAGAUAAGGAAGUCUGCAGGGCAGUAUACGAGGGCGUCCCUAAGGGAACGACCGUAUUUGGCCUCGCAGGCACUUUACACGAAGAGGUGGCGAAAGAAAUGGGUCUGCCGUUCGUUGCGGAGCUAUACGGUGACGUUAAGUAUAGUAAGGAUGGAACGUUGGUCAUUGACAGAAAGAAGAAACCCUGGAAACCCGAGGAAGCUCAAGCACAUAUCAAGAGCCAGGUCGAGCAUGGAUCUGUGACAGCGGUCACGGGCGAACUGGUGCAAUUACCGAUCGGCGACCAUCAGGUGUCGCUCUGUUGCCAUUCGGAUUCGCCGGGUGCAGUUGAAAUCGUCACGGCAGCACGCCAGAUCAUCGAUCAGUUCAACACGAAGCAUUUCUCGUAGUCACGAUGCAUUAGAGAACCGAAAUAGUCGUUGCUGACGUUCUUUAUCGAUAAAUCGCUCGGUCAGCUCGGAAAAUGCGAGCUGGCAUCUAAUUUUAGAGACCCGAGCAAAUUUUGUAUAUAUGGCAAACUACGAUCCCCUACUCAUGCAGCACACAGAUCGAACACAAUUCAAAUACAAUUCAGCAUGUUUUGCUUUCGCCGUUUCGUACCUAUUUGGACCGUGGUCGCCGUGAUCACGCUGCUAUUCUUCAUCACUCA